GCCCGUGUGCCUUCACGACAGCGGUUGUUUCGGGAAAAAGAUGGCCCCCGAUGUACCCCCAACACCGCUAAAGGAGCCAACUCCGGGGAAAAUUUAUUCAGUUUCAAAUAUCCCUAAAGUCUCGAGCCAGGACAUUGCCGGUGUCUCAGCUCAACCUGUUACGGCCGUUGCGGGAGGGGGAUCAGGUGCGUUGUCCACUACACAAGAUAAAAUAGAAGCGCCUGGUCAUUCAUUGCCAGGAAGUGGGAACAACGAUCUGCCACGUUCGACGGAUAUUCCCGAUAAUACGGUAGAAAAAAAUACGGAGCAUAAUACGGAAGAGUCCAAAAAUAAUAAAAAGGAUAGGGUACAGACACCAAAUACGACGACAACUACUACCACUACUACAACACAGGCACCAAUUACUACUACAUCUAAAGAGGCGCCAACCACGACGACCACAACCACUACAACAAAGACACCAGGUGAUACGGCUACGACUACAGAAGUGUCAACCACAACGACCACCCGCGCACCGUCACGUCUUCGCGAAAGCGACGGCAGCCUCAGCAGCUCUGCGUGGGUGUGUGCCCCGCUGCUGCUCGCCGUAUCCGCGCUGGCGUGCACCGCUCUGGGCUGA